AUGAUGGACCAGCGGGAGACGGGGGAGUCAGCCGGCGCUGCGCGCGGGACCAACCGGCCGACGCUGUUUAACCUGCUUGAGGUGCUGGCUAGCGAUGCGUACACCACGCCGCAGCAGAGACACAGCAUUCGGGGGGUUGUCACUGAAUUUCUCAACAACAAGUUUGAGCACUCCAAGGUGUAUUCCUACAUUGGCGCCAUUGUGGGCCACGACGUCCUGCACUCCGUCAUCAAACAACUGGAGUCGGACCCAGAUCGCGUCCCUCUGCCUGACCAGAAUGGGCUUAUGAGGAUCGAGUCGGCGUUCAACCUCAGCCGAACGUACAAGCCGCCCGCCCACGCGGAACCCCCGGUUGCGGUUCCCGCGAGUGCACCAGCACCGACGCCUCCGGCUAUCCAGCCGUCUGGGCCAGCUGCCACCCACUUUGCGGGUGGCUCGAAGGAAGACAUUCUGCGCACCAUCCGCCGCAACCUCGGCACUCGCAAGGCACCCGGCAACCUGACUGCAAAUAAGGACACUCUCUCCGCAGUCAGGGCUGCGUCUGCCGGUGUUCUGCUUCAGAAGGCAUGCUGGAUGCCCAUUAGGCGCUCGCUGAGUGCGGGUGCGCUGUAUGGGCACUCCAUAGUCUGCAUCGGAAGCCGCGCCUACCUUCUGGGUGGCAGCAAUGGGAACCCGCAGGGAGUCAACUUCGCGCGGGCUCACGUGGUGAGCCUGGUUAACUUCAGCUCGAAGCCGAUGGUCUUUACGGGAGACAUACCACCACCGCGUGAGGGCAACACUGCUAAUAUUGCCGUCGUACAACAAAGCCAUUCGAUUAUCUUAUUCGGUGGAUUUAACGGGGAGCGUUUCUUUAACGACAUUCAUAUACUGGAUCUUGAGAAGAGGAAAUGGAUGCAUCGCAGACAUGCUGCCGGCCGCGUUCCUUUGCCCAGGGACGAACACUGCGCUCUAGUGUACCCGGCGCGGUGCGAGGCGACCCAGAAGCCAAAGAGCGGGGCCGAAUUUUUAUUCAUAUUCGGUGGAAAGACAGGCCUACGCACCCAGCUGGAGUGCCUUAAUGACAUGUGGGCGUACCACAUUGACUCGGCUACUUGGGCGCAGGUGGAAUACCCCGUCGACACCAAGGUGCCUGUCCCUCGAUUCGGUGUUUGUGGUUUGUGGGCAGACGAUGACGUGCUAUGUAUUUUCGGAGGAGAGACCCAUGGCCCCGAUGGUUUUGUUGAUAGGUCUGAACGCACACUCUUAGACGACCUUUGGAUGUUCAAGUUCUCGAGCCCCUCCUCGGGAACAUGGUACCAAGAGAUUUACGAAGGGAGCAUUGGGCCACGAUCGCACUACACCUCCAUUUUCAUCGCUCAGCGCUGUAGGGAACUACACACGGGUGUACCGAGGACUAUCGAACGACUUAUGUUGCUGACCGGAGGACUCACGUACGCCCCAGGCAGCAAGAAGACUGUGGUAGCAUCGGACAAGUUGUACUUCUACUUCUUCUCACAGCGACGAUGGUACAUCCUCAAACCUAAUUACCCUCGCAACUUCGUGGGAGAGCCCUUUGAACCCAGACAGCUCCAUGUGGCCUGUUUCUUCGAGAAACGUAACAUCCUCUUCCCCGGCAGCAAGCCUUCUGUGCCGUGCAUCUUCUUCCACGGAGGUUUCCACCGUAAACAAGUGCUUAGCGAUGCCUGGGUUUUGAGUCUCACCGGCGAAGAUUUGUUCCUCAGCAACUCUGUCAUCUCCCCAUCGGACUCCAGCCAAUUGAAGGCACUGCAGACAAAGGACAGGGUAUUCCCCCCGUGGUACUACAGAGAAAGCCAUUCGCCAGAUAUGCUCUGGGCGCUAUGUUCUAUGCAGAGGUGGGCAUUUGGCGCCAUUGCACAUCUGGUCGCCAACUCUCUCAAGGAAGUGACAAGCAGCACGAGGAUUACGAUCAAAUGGGAGCCGUCGCCUCAGGGCGACCGAGCUCUUCUCAGCAUACAGGACGACGGUAACGGGUUGGACUACAGCGCUAUGAACAAGCUCCUUAAGCUAUUCGGUCAAUCAAAGACGGGUGAGCGGGGCCAGGCAUACGAAUAUGGGGUUGGCUUUAAGAUGGCAUUUGCCCGCACGGCAUCGGGUUGUGCAGUUAUGUCGCGUACAACGGAUACUAUCGGUAUUGGUAUGCUCAGCGUCGAACUGAUGUCGCAGUGCGAGUCGCGGGAGAUGUCCGUCCCGCUCUGUAUGUGGCGCCUGCCCAGCAAGGAACUUAUCAACAAGGAGGGUUCUAGGAUGGUUGACCAGCGACAUCACCAGCGCCUGCUGAUGAGCUACAGUCCCUUCAACACUGCAACACUACUGGCUGAACAAAUUAACAUGUUGGGGACAUCCCCGGGUACGCGUAUGCUUUUCUGGCAGAUGAGAGAUGAUAUGGAUUGUAUAUGGUUCUCGCCUAAGGAUCACACUCUGGUGCUUAAAAAUCACCUAUAUGAUGAUCUGGAUAACUUGAGCGAGGAAAUUAACACGACUCCGCCGCGGGUGAGACCCGCAUGGUUGGAUGUGUUCCCCCUAUGGAGGUCAGCCCAGUAUUCCAUGGACUACUGCCUCCCCGUUUACAUUUUUUGGCUACACCUUCGAUCUUCGUGCGCCAUCAGCGUGCAGGAAAUUGACCUGAUACCAUAUGACAUGAGGGACAAAGCGCUACAAUCCGCCGAGGCUGGCAACCAUCCUUCCGAGGAGAUUAAGAUGGAGGAUGAACCCAUGGUAACAAACACACAGGCGAUGCAAGGACAACAGAUGCAGACACAACAAUUACAAGCUCAACAACUACAGGCUCAACAAUUACAGGUGCAACAAUUGCAGGCUCAACAGCUACAGGCUCAGCAGAUACAACCAUUGAAGAGGCAUCACCCCCUUCCUCAACAAGAGCAGUCGAGCGAACCGGCAAGGAGAGAUGUUUACAAUUGCCAGAGCACUGGCUGCAGCUACUGCGGUGUGGCCCCGGUGGAUAGAGGCCUUGGUGACGAUCGCAGCCUGUGGUCGUUCCUGCGACGCAGGCUGUUCUGCCGCGUACAGCUGCCGUACCUUUUCACCCCUUCCGACCACAAGCACGGCUGUUGUGCGAUGAUCGGUUUCCUGAACCGCCCGCAGUUCUGUAACCCAGACGAUGUGGAAGAGGUUACUUGCGAUGUCUCGGGAGACCGCGUAUGCGAGACAGGAGUGCUGCUUUAUUUCAGAGGACGGCUAAUCAGCAGGCUUGAGGGACAUUUCCCGGCACCACCUUCGGAGCUUGAAAGCGCACGUGAGCCUCCGAAGCGGUCAUUGUUGAACGGUGAACUCUACAGAUUCGCGCUUACAGCCGUGAUCAAUGUGCCUGAGUGGCUCAUUCCAUCGGCUACGAAGCAGGAGUUCGUGCAAGAGAACAACAAGGCCUUCUUUGACUUCAAGGCUAAACUUAUGGCACUUCUAUCGGAGUACAGCAAGGUCUGCCACAACCGCACCGAACGCAAGGCGUGGGAAUUAAAUCGCCUGCAACAGCUGAUUGCUUACGACCAGCACCAAGAACAACUCCGCAUAGAGCGCACCAUGAGUGACCAAAAUGAAGAGACGCUUCCGAUAUGGAGAAACGAUGCAGACCGUGAUAUGGCUCCGGGUGAUCUGGCGGAGGUGCCUGCGCUAAUAAACCAGGAGCCUCUUCGCCAGUAUGAGCAGUUAUAG